CCUCACGUUUCCGAGCUCCACGUCAAGAAUCCCGGAGCAGAGCUCAUGAGCUCAGAGAUAGGAUAUCACUCUUCUGCGUAUGCCCAAGACGUCGCUGCCAAGUUCGAGGAUGUGUGCAACUGACCCAAAAAGCGCAAUGGAAGUUCACCGUCCUGCGCCGCACGCAGACGUAUAAAUGCUCAAUGAGAUUUUCACGAGCCAGAGAAAAAUAGGUCGUUCCACUAGGACUUGAGAUUCGGGAGAAGUCAAGCGCGUCGUAUUGGCUAAAUCAUGAUGCAACAUCCUUUGGAGAUAGGGCCGCACUAUUACCCGGCGGAGGCCGGCCCAGACCACCGGUCCCACCGAUACAGGAGUUUCAUGAUUGAAGAGAUCCUUACAGACCAUCCGGACCACAAGAUAUCUCCUCCGGCGGGAGACUUCCUCAAAUUCGGAGUUCAUGCUUUAUUGUCGGCGAGACCAUAUCCAAACCACUUAGUCCUGAAGGCAGACCAGACAAGCAUCCUGAAGUUCCCGGUGUCGCCGUUGUCCUGCUCGCUGGGGACACCGUUGGGUUCUGCCCUGUUGUCCGGGGCAUCGGCCCUGCAGGUGGGCUCCGCGACGCAUCACCUCCCUCUGGAUCUCCACCUUCGGGGUAAACUGGAGGCUGGGAGCGAUGGGGUCAGUAAGACCAAGAAAGGAAGACGAAGCAGGACAGUUUUCACAGAACUUCAGCUCAUGGGCUUGGAGAAAAGAUUUGAGAAGCAGAAAUACCUCUCGACACCUGACAGAAUAGAUUUGGCUGAAUCUCUAGGCCUUAGUCAGCUUCAGGUCAAAACAUGGUAUCAAAACAGAAGAAUGAAAUGGAAGAAAAUCGUAUUACAAGGUGGAGGACUGGAGUCCCCUACGAAACCGAAAGGACGCCCGAAAAAAAACUCCAUCCCCUCAAGCGAGCAGCUGUCGGAACGGGAGAGGACGCGAGACGGAACACGAGACGCCGACCGGUUAUCCGACAGCGCUUCUUCAUCCCACUCCGACGCCAACCAAGAGGAAUAACCGCGCCCUGAUGUGAAUAUACGGACAGGCUUACGGCCUCCCUCGGAUUGUUCCUCGUCGACAUUUUGGCACUUAAAGGCACGACGCACGACGAGGUCCCGGUUUUGUGCUCCCUGUUUUGAUCCAGUCUCGCUCCGAAACGCGCGGUCGCCCCCGUGAACUUAUCGGCCAUACCUCUCUUCCUGGGGACAGAAACAGAGCAGUGCUCAGCACAGAUUAGCUUCUCUUUUUUCUAUACUUUUACAUUGGAGA